AGGAAAUAUCUAAUACUGAUGAUUCAAGCUCUGUUAGUGAAGAUGAAAAUAUAUUAUCAGCAGGUCAAAAUCAAAAUAAAAAAAAUAAAGGAAAAAAUAAAGAGAAAAGUAAAAGUCAACGAUCACAAAAAAAAUUAGUUAAGUUAAAUAAUAUAAAUGAGAUUGAAUAUCUGCUACCAUCUGAUACUUCAGAUCUUCUUGAUAAAGUUCGGGCAGCUAUCUAUUUGUCCUUAGAUGAAUUUCAAACAUCUAAUGCAAAUUCCUUUAGUAAAAAUGAUAAUUUAGAUUAUGAUGAUUUUUUUGCUGAAGUUUUUAACUUAGAAGAGACAAAUAAUACUAUAAUCGAACCUGAUGAUGAUGAAGUAUCACAAUAUUUUAGAUAUCCUGAAGCCAAACCUAAAGAAGAUCCUUUUGUUUAG